CUUCUUUCCAGCCCCUUUUAGAUUAUCAAUACUAAUCCCACAAGUUUCUAAGGAGCUGCGUCGACGGAAACAUUCCACAUGAGAGUGCUCAAAGGCAUAUGGAUGAAAACAAGGUAAGAAUCAAGGCUGAGACCGGAGAUCGAGUGUAGCGCAACCGUUGAUACAUGAAGAGUGGGAUAGAAAGGAAAAUCUAAUACGUUGGGGAGGAGUGAGAAUACAGUCAGGAAGGAUGGGUUACUGGGAGAUUCCAAAAGUACUAUGAGCCUCAAGGUCAACACUGGGAGGGAUUGGUCAGAAUUCAGAGAACAGUCAGAGCCACAGCCUCGUGGCAGUGCUGGACGUCACGCCCAACAAAUCCGACGUCGUAACGGCCAACAAUUCGUUUCCUCCCUCCACCCACUCCCUACACUCUACAACACAAUGGAAGACGAAGUCGCUGCUCUCGUCAUCGAUAACGGCUCCGGCAUGUGCAAAGCUGGAUUCGCCGGCGAUGACGCCCCUCGUGCCGUGUUCCCGUCCAUCGUCGGACGUCCCAGACACCAGGGCGUCAUGGUCGGUAUGGGACAGAAGGACUCGUAUGUCGGUGACGAGGCGCAGUCCAAACGUGGUAUCCUGACGCUCAAGUACCCCAUCGAGCACGGCAUUGUGACCAACUGGGACGACAUGGAGAAGAUCUGGCAUCACACCUUCUACAACGAGCUGCGUGUCGCGCCGGAGGAGCACCCUGUGCUGUUGACCGAAGCACCCCUGAACCCCAAGGCGAACAGGGAGAAGAUGACGCAGAUCAUGUUCGAGACAUUCAACGCGCCUGCGUUCUACGUGUCGAUCCAGGCUGUGUUGUCGCUGUACGCAUCUGGUCGGACGACCGGUAUCGUGCUCGACUCUGGUGACGGUGUGUCGCACACGGUGCCGAUCUACGAGGGAUUCUCGCUCCCGCACGCGAUCCUGCGUCUCGAUCUUGCUGGGCGUGAUCUGACCGACUUUUUGAUCAAGAACUUGACUGAGCGCGGAUACCCGUUCACGACGACUGCGGAGCGUGAAAUUGUGCGGGACAUCAAGGAGAAGCUGUGCUACGUUGCGCUCGACUUUGAGCAGGAGCUGCACACUGCGGCGCAGUCAUCUGCUCUGGAAAAGAGCUACGAGCUCCCUGACGGACAGGUGAUCACGAUUGGUCCUGAGCGAUUCCGUGCUCCGGAGGCUCUGUUCCAGCCUUCGCUUAUCGGUCUUGAAGCUGCCGGAAUCCACGAGACGACCUUCAACUCGAUCUUCAAGUGCGAUCUCGACAUCCGUCGGGAUCUGUACGGCAACGUUGUGCUGUCUGGUGGAACGACGAUGUUCCCGGGUAUUGCCGACCGUAUGCAGAAAGAGCUGACGUCGCUUUCGCCCGCGAGCAUGAAGGUGAAGAUCGUUGCGCCUCCGGAGCGGAAGUACUCUGUGUGGAUCGGUGGAUCGAUUCUGUCGUCGCUGAGCACGUUCCAAAACCUGUGGUGCUCGAAGCAAGAGUACGACGAGUCUGGACCUGGUAUCGUUCACCGCAGUAUGUUGAGUGCUUCUAAUGCACCAAUGUAGUCUUAGUCUAGGAUCAGAAAUUUUGGCACUAAUCGAUUUACCCUUUUGUCAUCAAAAGAAUGCCCUGUUUGUCUUUUCAGAUGCAUACAGGUCUGUGCCAUGCAUACGAAUUCUUUCUGGGUUGC